UAAAGAAAUGUUAAAAAAUGGAGGAUUAAUGAUUCUUGAUGUAGGAAGUGGGACAGGUACAUGGACUUGUGAUAUGUCAACAGAUUUUCCAUUAAAUUUAUAUUUUGGGGUUGAAAUCUUACCAAUAUUUCCACAUGAAAAACCAAGAAAUAUAGUAUUUUUGAUAAAUGAUAUAUUAGAAGGGUUACCAUUUCGUUCAAAUUCAUUUGAUUAUAUACAUUUAAGAUUCAUGUCAUUAAGUUUAAAACCUGAUGUAUGGCAAGAUAAAUUGAUAAAUGAACUUGCGAGAGUUUUACGACCCGGAGGGUAUCUAGAAAUUAUGGAAAAUGAAAUCACUGUUUCAAAUCGUGGUCCAAAUGUUCAAGAAUUUUUUGAUAGAGUUCAUAAAAAAGUUCAUGAAGAAUUACGAUCAGAAGGUUAUAAUCCAACCAUCAUAAAGUUAAUGAAAGAAUUUUUAAUAAAUUCUGGAAGUUUUAAAAAUGAAGAUAUAAAACAUACAGUAAUGUAUGUACCUAUGGGUGAAUGGGGUGGUAAAUUAAGUGAAAUGGGAUUAAAAACUUAUUAUUCAUUAUUAAAAAUAUUUGCUAAUAUGAUUAAGAUUCCUAAAAAACAAAAUAUUGAUUCUUACUUGGAUUUGAUUAAUGAAGAGAUUAAUAAUUAUAAAUCUUGUAUGAUCAGCCAUAGGUUUGUUGCAAGAAAAAAAAAAAUAAUUUAAAUAGUUAAUAAAUUUUUAUAAAUGAUAUUUGAUCUAACCUUAGAAAUCUUUU